AUGUCUGCUAACGGAGAAAUGGAUGUCCCCAAGACUGAAUUGGAAGAAAUUCAGCAACAAUGCAACCAGACUACGGAUGAUUCACUGGAAUCAACCAGGAGGAUGCUGAACAUGUGUGAAGAGAGCAAAGAAGCCGGUAUCCGAACCCUGGUCAUGUUGGAUGAACAAGGGGAACAGUUGGACCGCAUCGAAGAGGGCCUAGACCAGAUCAACCAGGACAUGAGGGAUGCGGAAAAGAACCUGGAAGGGAUGGAGAAAUGCUGUGGCCUUUGUGUAUUGCCCUGGAAGAGAGGCAAGUCUUUCGAGAAGAGUGGGGAUUAUGCCAACACUUGGAAGAAAGAUGACGACGGCCCCACCAACACGAACGGACCCCGGGUCACAGUCGGGGAUCAAAACGGAAUGGGACCCAGUUCCGGAUACGUGACCCGUAUUACGAAUGACGCCCGUGAGGACGAGAUGGAAAACAACAUGAAAGAAGUUAGCAGCAUGAUUGGGAACCUGAGGAAUAUGGCCAUCGAUAUGGGUAACGAAAUUGGUUCCCAAAACAGGCAGGUUGAUCGGAUCAACAAAAGGCCGAAUCCAACGAGAGCCGUAUCGACGAGGCUAACAAGAAGGCUACGAAAUUACUUAAAAAUUGAGUUGUCUCACUUGCUUAAUCUCUCUCUCCCUUUCCCUCUCCCGUUGUCUCUCCCUUUCCCUCUCCCGUUGUCUCUCUCAUUCUCUCCCGUUGUCUCUCUCGUUCUCUCCCGUUGUCUCUCUCGUUCUCUCCCGUUGUCUCUCUCGUUCUCUCCCGUUGUCUCUCUCGUUCUCUCCCGUUGUCUCUCUCGUUCUCUCUCUCUCUCUCUCGUUCUCUCUCUCUCUCUCUCUCUCUCUCUCGUUCUCUCUCUCUCUCUCUCUCUCUCGUUCUCUCUCUCUCUCGUUCUCUCUCUCUCUCUCUCGUUCUCUCUCGUUGUCUCUCUCUCGUUCUCUCUCUCGUUGUCUCUCUCGUUCUCUCUCUCUCUCUCUCUCGUUGUCUCUCUCUCGUUGUCUCUCUCUCUCUCUCGUUGUCUCUCUCUCUCUCUCUCACGUUGUCUCUCUCAUUCUUUCUCUUAUCACAUUCCCCUUCUCCCAAUAUUUCCCUUUUCCGCCAACAUCUACCCCCUUCCUUCCAGCAUUCCCUUCCCCAAAUACCCCUUCCUUCCAGCAUUUUCCCCCAAUAUUUUUUCCGCCAACAUCUUCCCCCACCCCCUUCCUUCCAGCAUUCCCCUUCCCCCAACAUUUCCCUUUUCCUCCAACAUCUACCCCUUCCUUCCAGCAUUCCCCUUCCCCCAACAUUUCCCUUUUCCUUCAACAUCUACCCCUUCCUUCUAG